AUGGUGAUCGUCAGGCUCCUGAAUGGGGCCCCGACAGGCAGGUCCCUAAUCGGCAUUCCGCGAACAAGGGAUCCAGUCAACGACGAAACUGAGCCAUGGUUUUUCAUUAAUGGAAUAGCCACUGGGAAGCACUGGCACCAGUCGAACCUAAUCGCGCUGGCAGACACCUUUGGCCGGCAGAUCGUGGGUAUCCACAAUCCAACCAAAGGCGUAAUCCUCGAUCUCGUCGAAUGUCUCAUCCAGCGCGACCUCGACUACAAAACAGCUGACAUCCGACAGGGACGCGCCCAGCUCCGUGCCGCCCUAGCCGCAUCUACCACUAAGAAAGUAGUCCUCAUCGUCCACUCGCAAGGCGGAAUUAUCGCGUCCUCGAUAAUCGACUGGCUGUAUGGCGAGCUCAGCGAAUCCCAACUGCAGAAACUAGAGAUAUACACAUUCGGCAACGCAGCGAGGCAGUUUCGCAAUCCGCCUCUGCAUGAGCAGCAAGACAACGAUCCAGCUGGCAAGACACCUCGUAGACAGAUCCAAGGAGAGAGGGCAAUCCGGAAUAUCGAACACUACGCAAACACCCGGGAUUUUGUGGCCAAUAUUGGUGUGUUGCAGUUCACGUCGCCUGCGGACGCAUUUUCAAAUGCGAGUGUCUUUUCUGGGACUGUCUUUGUCCGGGAGGGGUCGGGGCAUUUGUUUAAUAUGCACUAUUUGGAUCCGAUGUUCGGGGAUGAUAGUGCCUUUAUGGAGAGUAUGGUCAAUGUGCGGCCUGGUGAUGGACCCGGGAAGACUGUUUCCAUGCGAAUCAGGGAGCUCUCCAGGCUGUACAAGUACAAGAAUGGCAAGAGUCCAGAGGAUCAGGAUGCUACGUGA